GUCUCAACCACACCAUUAUUUCUUCAUCUCCUGCCCAAAUAUUCAGGAAUAUGGGUUUGAAGAUGAGUACUGGUACAGCUCCCAUUAAAGAUGAGGACCAGAGCAAGGACUUGCUAAUUGAUAUAACUGCAGAGCAGUAUUUAGAUCCUGAGCUUGCUGUUGAGUGUUAUAUUUGCAGGGUUCCUAAAUGCAUCCGUAGAAUAAACGAAGAAGCCUACUCUCCUCGAUUAGUUUCAGUAGGUCCUCUUCACCGGGGCAAAGAAGAACUAGCUUUUAUGGAAAGACAGAAAGCCAGAUACAAGGAAAGUUUUCUUCAGCGAAUAACGAAAGAGAAAUGGAACGAACUACACGAACUUCUAAGCUUUAUCAAAAACAACGAACAACGAAUUCGCAAGUGUUAUGAAGAUAUAAUUAAAAUGGAGAGUCAUGAGUUUACAACAAUGGUUGAACACGACGCUGUCUUCAUUCUCGAGCUCUUCCUCAGAAGCUACCAUAACGAUGGAAGUGAUGACUUUUUGUUAAAGAUACCAACAACUAGAUUUGCUCUAAGGAUGGACCUACAACUACUCGAAAAUCAACUUCCAUUCUUUGUCCUGGAGGAGCUAUACAGUUUAGCUUUCGAAACCCCAAAUUUCCGGGAACUUUGUCAUAAAUUCUUAUAUUUAUCCAAUACCUUACCAGCUAGCUUACCAGCUGAGAUUGUGGUUAAACAUUUCACCGACUUGAGAAGAAGCACCAUUUUUAAAAACUUCCCCCGGAGAAAGAAUUUAGAGCAGGGAUUCAUUUCAGAUUUGCCUUGUGCAGUGAAGUUGCGCGAGUCGGGGGUGAAGUUUAAGGGCAUUGCAGGAACAUCGUUGCUUGACAUAAGAUUUGAGAAGCGAAAGCGGCUGAUUCCAUGGUUUGAAGUUCAUGAACUGCAAAUACCUCAUUUGGUUGUGGCUGAUUAUGGAACUGAACGUUUGCUUCGAAAAAUAAUGGCUUUGGAGCAGUGUCACUACCCAUCGGAUACUCGAGUUUGCAAUUACGUGAGGCUGAUGGAUUAUCUGAUUAAUACUGAAAAAGAUGUGGAUUUGCUUGUUAGAAAAGGGAUUAUUAGGAAUCGUAUGGGGGACAAUAUUUCUGUAGUGAAUCUGUUUAACAGACUUAGCUUGGAAAUUCAUAGAAGUCGUGUUAUUAUAAGACUGGCAUGGAAUUGA